AGAUGCGUUUGCCCCUCAAUCCCAAACCUUUCCUGAAUGGAUUAACAGGGAAGCCAGUAAUGGUGAAACUUAAAUGGGGAAGGGAGUACAAAGGCUACCGGGUAUCUGUAGAUGGCUAUAUGAACAUGCAGCUUGCAAACACAGAAGAAUACAUAGAUGGAGCAUUGUCUGGACAUUUGGGUGAAGUUUUAAUAAGGUGUAAUAAUGUCCUUUAUAUCAGGGGUGUUGAAGAAGAGGAAGAAGAUGGGGAAAUGAGAGAAUAGCAUCUUUUGUGGGGAAUUUUUUAAUAUA